AUGCUUCCCUCUGAGAUCCUCACCCGGAUUUUCCAGGGCGCUGUCAUUCUGUUUGCGGCGCUCUCGGUCCUCCGCCUUACCGUCUUCCAGCCCGGCUACAAGCUGUUCCUCCUGCAUCCUCUGCUUGCGGUGCUCUCGCUGCUCGCCACCGUCCAAGCCCUGCUGUGGUUUCCACGAUACACCGGCUCUGCCGGCAAAGCCCUCGGGGCCACCAAGAUGUCCAUCGAUCUGCACAAGCGUCUCCAGCUGCUCUCGGCGGCGCUGAUAUGCAUGUCCUUUGGCGUUGUCUACUACACCCGCUCCCUCAAACCCGAGCCGACGCAUUUCAAAGACCUCCACUCCAAGCUCGGCCUGGCCGCAAUCGUCGCCAUGACCACGCUCCAAAUCCUGCCUGCAUACCUGAUCAAGUCCGGCCGACGGUUCCGCAUCAUCCACAUCGCCUUUGGCAUCUUCACCUUUGGGCUCUUUGCCGUGACGAUGGCUCUCGGGCUCCUCAAAAAGUCCAUGACGCUUCGGUUUUCCAACGACACUGACUCGUCUUCAUCCUCAGGCGGCGUGUGGCUGGACCUGUAUUGGUGGGUCAUUGCUCUCUUGCUCGCCGUCGUCGUUGGCGGAGUGAGCUUGCGGAGUGUCCGCUUCCUGAACCAUAAGCUCCACAAAUCACCAGCAAGUCGCGAAGGAUACACUCUGGUAGAGGUAACGAGCGGAUGA